GGCAGUGUCUUUAUGUAACUGCACUGAAUGCAGUUACAGUAAUGGUGGACAAAUACCUCAGCCGCCUCAGGAGAGGUUGAGAUCUCAGCCUGGGGGCCUCUUCUGAGGUCAGAGACCCCAGUGCCUACUGAGCGGGUGGUGCUCUUCCCAUCUCAGAGAGACCGAGGAGGAGCCUGAGACUGUUCCUGGACAUCCUGUGAACAUCAGAAAAUAUUUUGUGGAGGCAUUAAAAGAAGGGGAUAUGGUGUUCACAUUUGCUUCCAUGGAUUCCAACCAAUCUUCCUUGGAAACAAACACAACUUGACAAGUGAUCUUUCCUAAGCAAGGACAAAGGUAUUAAAAAGGAUUCCAUCCUCCUCCUCCGUCCUUGUGCCCAAACUCUACUGGUUUCUCAUUCCGUGAGGAUGAUUUGGUGGAAGAAGAUACGGUGGCAGCAGCGUUACCUGUGGGCCCUGGGCUGCUAUAUGCUGCUGGCCAUUGUUGCUCUGAGGCUUUGUCUCAGAUUGAAAUGUGACUUUGAUUCCCUGGAUCUGAAGUCCAGAGAUUUUCAGAGCCGGCACUGUAGAGACAUCUUGUACAAGUCCCUGAAACUGCCAGCAAAGAGAUCCAUCAACUGUUCUCGGAUCAUCCAAGGGGACCAGCAGGCAGUGAUUGAGGCUGUGCUGGACAACCUGGAGAUCAAGAACAAGCGGAAGCCUUUCACAGACACUGACUACCUUAACAUGACCAGAGACUGUGAGCACUUUAAGGCUGAAAGGAAGUUCAUACGGUUCCCUCUGAGCCAAGAAGAGUCAGACUUCCCUAUUGCCUACUCAAUGGUGGUCCAUGAGAAAAUAGAAAACUUUGAAAGAUUGCUCCGAGCUGUGUAUGCCCCUCAGAACAUAUACUGCAUCCACGUGGAUGAGAAAUCCCCAGAAACUUUCAAAGAGGCCGUCAAGGCAAUUAUUUCAUGCUUCCCAAAUGUCUUCAUGGCCAGUAAGUUGGUUCGGGUAGUUUAUGCCUCCUGGUCCAGGGUGCAGGCUGACCUGAACUGUAUGGAAGACUUGCUCCAGAGCCCAGUGCCAUGGAAAUACUUACUAAAUACAUGUGGGACAGACUUUCCUAUAAAGACCAAUGCCGAGAUGGUCCUGGCCCUCAAGAUGUUGAAUGGGAAGAACAGUAUGGAGUCAGAAAUACCUACUGAGUACAAAAAGACUCGCUGGAAAUAUCACUAUGAGACAAAAGACACAUUGUACGUAACCAACAAGAUGAAGGAUCCUCCCCCUGAUAACAUACCUAUGUUCACAGGGAAUGCCUAUAUUGUAGCUUCCCGAGACUUUGUCCGACAUGUCUUAGAGAACCCCAAGUCCCGACAACUGAUUGAAUGGGUAAAAGACACCUAUAGCCCCGAUGAGCAUCUAUGGGCCACGCUUCAGCGUGCACCAUGGAUGCCUGGCUCUAUUCCCUACCACUCCAAGUUUCACGUCUCAGAUAUGGCAGCCAUUGCCAGGCUGGUCAAGUGGCAGGGCCAUGAGGGAAACAUCAGUAUGGGGGCACCUUAUGCACCUUGCUCUGGAAUCCACCAGCGGUCUAUCUGUAUUUACGGGACUGGAGACCUGCAUUGGAUUCUUCAAAACCAUCACCUCUUGGCCAACAAGUUUGACCCAAAGGUGGAUGACAAUGUUCUUCAGUGUUUAGAAGAGUACUUACGUCAUAAGGCCAUCUAUGGGACUGAACUCUGAGAUAAACUAUAAGAAGAUUGCUACCUGUGGGGCAAGAACAUGUGGAUACAUACUUCAGAUGGGCUGGGACAAUGUGGGGUGGGAGACCAGGGCUCUGCAAUCUGUGGCAUCCCCAAGUUAGGGGGCUGCUAUCGGAGUGUGGGUAAGUAGAUCUGCCUUGCAACUUGCUGUCCUGAGUGAACACUCCUGGUGAGCAUUCACCCACCCCACUCCUAAGAGCUCUCCCACUGACUUUGUCACAGAGUCAAAAUAAGAAGCCGUUAUUUGGGAGAGUAAGGGAGGGAAGUGUGGCAGGGGACCCUGGAUUUCAGUUGAGUGCUUGCUGUCUGCUUUUCUACUCUAUGCUGGUUCUAAUAAAUUCUAGGCUUGGUAGUGGGGGCGGGGUGGGACUUUAAUGAAAA